CUUGUUUCGCAAAUGUGGAGAGCUAGCAUCGUGCUCAUUAACAGGAGCCAUAACACUGCCUUGAAUUUUUGGUUUUGGAACAUUUAAUCUGCAACUUUUCCAUGUUUUCCAAAAAAUGCUCUUAUUCAUUUUGAUGCUGAAAUACAGAGUUAUCAAGAUGAAUUUUGUAAACGUUGUAUUCAUUCUUCUGAGUACUUCAGCCUUGGGGUCUGCUCAACCUAAAAUGCAUCCGGCGGAGGACUCGGAGAGUUUUCGUAUUGUGGAAAACCAAUAUAUUGUAGUCUUGCAUAAUUCAGCGAAUCUUGGCCAAACUCGAAGAGCGUUGAGCGAACGUAGUAGUUUCGCAGCCGAUAGGGAAUUUGUGUUAACCAAAAGAGGCAAUGCCCUUUUUAAAGGAUUUCUAGUAAAAGAUGCUAGCAGUGAUUCAGCAAAAAAGAUCGCUAGAGACCCAAGGGUGAGAUCAGUUAUUCAAGAUGUGGAGGUUAAACCGUCUUCGUUGAGUUGGGGUUUGGAUCGUAUCGACCAGCAUUCCCUACCCCUAGACGACCAUUUUAUACCUGAAGGAUUUGGUAACGAUGCUCAUAUUUAUGUUGUUGACUCCGGUAUUCUAACUACUCACGAAGACUUCAAUGGCAGAGCCAUAUUUGAUGCUGAUUUCACGGGACAGGGCUAUGUUGACGACACUGGACAUGGUACGAAGUGUGCUGGCAUUGCAGGAGGGAGGCGGUAUGGAGUUGCUAAAGGCGCUAGAUUACAUGCCGUCAAAGUUACGCCAGGCAGCCUUUCAACAGUAUUUUAUGGUCUUAUCUGGACAGCCUACAACGCCCAAUUUCCUGCAGUUAUAUUGAUGCCGCUUAUUACUGGUUACCAACCGGUUUUUAACACCCUUGUGAACGACAUUGACUCCUUCUUUAAUAUCCCAGUGAUCGUGUCAGCAGGCAAUGGGGGAUACAAUGCCUGCCCAUUCCCAACACCAGUACUCUCUCCGGCAUCCGCUGAUCGGGCUUUUACAGUGGCAUCGUCUGACGCUUACGAUGUAAGGGAUUUGUUCUCUAACUACGGUUCCUGUGUGGACAUCUUUGCACCAGGCUCCAACAUAACAACUACAUUCAUAGGCAGUGAUACUGCCACUGCCGUGGUGUACGGGACAUCAUACGCUGUUGCACACGUUGCAGGUGUUGCAGCGAUCAUCCGGGACCGUGAGCCAGGAUUAACGCCAGAGCAGGUGAGGUCAACACUGUCCACGACAUCAACUAACAGUAUAAUCGCCUGGGCUUUCAGCUCCAAUAACCACCUUCUUUAUACCUCCCCCUAUCCAUAAACGGUAUAAACAGAAACAGCUGUGGAUUACGACUUACGAGCAUCAUAACUUAAGUCCCGUGUUUUGUAUAGUAUACAGUCACGCGAACAAAUUUAAGUGGUAAAAAGUUUCUAUAUCGUUUAAAAUUACUUAUUACAAAUCUAGUUUAGAUUUUAUAUUAAACUGGCUUCAUUUAAUGUGAUAAUGAUGAUUUAAUCCAUCCAUAAACGGUGAAGCACAUACAGCCGUGGAUUACGACUUCAGUUAAAUUAUGUCAAUGAUGCUUACCAGUGGCGUAUCUAAGGGAGGGCGCGGAAAAAAAUUACUCUCGCGCCCCAGCCCCCCCCCCCCAAAAAAUCACUGUCAAGUAGUUAAAAAUCACCUAAAAAUAACCAUAUUUUGCGCCC